GCAUACUCGCGCACACUCGCGCUCGGGCGCCUUAGGAACAGGCAUCGGCACCCAGAGCGAGCCAGAGAGCGGCGAGCUGGGGAUUCACCCGGCUGAGCCAGCCGAGGAGCCGGCGAGCCGGGCCCGCGACGACCCCACGCCCCCGAGCCCCGCAGCCGACCCCAGCCGGCCGGUAUCCCAGCCGCCCUCCCUGACCCAUGGCGCUGAAGCGGAUUCAGAAAGAAUUGAGUGAUCUACAGCGCGACCCACCUGCUCACUGUUCGGCUGGACCUGUGGGAGAUGACUUGUUCCACUGGCAAGCAACUAUUAUGGGGCCUCCUGAUAGCGCAUAUCAAGGUGGAGUCUUCUUUCUCACUGUACAUUUUCCGACAGACUAUCCUUUUAAACCACCAAAGAUUGCUUUCACAACAAAAAUUUACCAUCCAAACAUAAACAGUAAUGGAAGUAUUUGUCUUGAUAUCCUGAGGUCACAAUGGUCACCAGCUCUGACUGUAUCAAAAGUUUUAUUGUCCAUAUGUUCUCUGCUUUGUGACCCUAAUCCAGAUGACCCCUUAGUACCAGAUAUUGCACAAAUCUAUAAAUCAGACAAAGAAAAAUACAACAGACACGCAAGAGAAUGGACUCAGAAAUAUGCAAUGUAAAAUCAAAAAAAUUUUCAUAUAUACCAGAGUACUGUAAAAUCUAGGUUUUCUUCAACAUUAGCGGUAAAUCGAGCACCGUUUACUGUUUCAUUGUACCAUGAAAUCCUUUGAUUUUUACCCAUUUUAAAUGUAUUUCUGAAGCAAGACAAAACAAACUUCCAAAAAUAUUCUUGAGACUGUGAUGAGAGCAUUUAUCAUUUUGUAUGCAUUGAGAAAGACAUUUAUUAUGGUUUUUAAGAUACUUGGACAUCUGCAUCUUCAGCUUACAAGAUCUACAAUGCAUCUGAAAAGCAACCAAAUUAUUUUUUGCUGAAACUAGAUGUUUUUACAUGAAAAAUACUGUAUGUGUUGUCUAAGAUGUCGUCAGUUAUAUAAAUCUGUAUUCAGAUUUCAUUCUUUGUUAGCUCACUUUAUAAUUUGUAUUUUUUUACUGUAUAGACUAAAUAUAUUCUAUUUACAUGUAUGUCAACUCGUUACUUUUUUCCUGUGAACAGUAUUGAAAAAACCCAACAGCUGAUAAUGAAAUGAAUUAACUGUCCGUCUCCCUUGUCUUAGGGUAUUCUGUAGAUUGAUUGCAGAUUCCUUAAACCUGAAAUGAUCUUUACACUGUAAUUCUCAGUAUACUGAUUAUGGAGAAACACUUGUUUUGAUUUUGUUAUACUUGACUUAACUUUAUUACAAUGUGAAUUAAUUGCACUGCUAAGUAGGAAGACGUGUAACUUUUAUUUGUUGCUAUUCACAUCAGAAUUUUUUUCUGUAUAGGCAAUAUUAUAUUGACACCUUUUACAGAUCUUAAUGUAGCUUUUUCCAUUUAAAUAAAAUGCUUUUUCUACUAUUUGUCUUGAUUACUUAAAAAGAUAAAAAAUUACUUUAUAAGUAAGGAUCAGUACUCUAUAUAAAAUUUUGCAUGGAAAUUAAUUCCAAAUUGUAAGAAUGAAGUCUGUUGUAUUUGGCACUAAUCACCAUUAAUUAUAUAAAUUUUAUUGCUUUAGGUUUGUAUUGAUAUCUGUUUACUAAAUUGUCAAUCUAGAGGAUGAUAUACACUGGUCCCUUGUUAUUGAAAAGAAUUUAGGAUAUGUUGGCAUUUGUCUUGGAUCACAUCUAAAAUGAAUUAUUUUCUAAGGUACUGAGAUGAAUGUAAGACAGUGUCACCUACAUUGAAGAAAAGUCUUUAUAGACCUGAAGAAUAAUUAGGUAAUUCAUUAAAAUGCCCCUCUAGAUAUAACUGAUGUUGUAUUUCUUAACAUUUUAAAAUCUAGAAUUUCUAAAAUAGAAUUUUAAUGCCAUCACAGUUUGAAAGAGGACAUCCAUUUUUUACCGUAGAAGUUAUACAGAAAAUUCUAAAAUGACACUUUCCCUCUGUUUUAUAAAUUGUCAGUUAAAAUGAUUUAAAUGAGCAGGUUAUCUUUGCAGAUUUUAAAGAAAGCUAGAAAGUUCUAAUGUUUUAACUUGGAAAAAAAAUGUCUCUAAUUAUUAGCAUGCUUACCAAACUUGAGUGUCAUUUUUAAGAAGAGUUGUAGCUCUUCUGAUUAUUUCAGUAGCUGUAUAAGUGUACAAAAAUCUGUGAUGGGUGUAGUCAUUAGCAAAGAAUGUAAAUCACUUAAGUAUUUUACCAUGGUUCAUUAUUAUAAAGCACAAAAUAACCCAUUGUUAAAAAAUGUGUUUUUAUAAAUGAAUGUAAAAUAAUUAAAUGAAUUGUGAAAUGGAUGUUUAAGAAAAUAUAGGUUUAAAAAGUAACUAUAUUAAGUGAUGUCUUGAAACAGCCAUAUCAUGAAGAAUACUACUAUGUUAUUAUAAGCUACAUUGGCCCAGAAUUUGAACACUCAACAUCAUUAGAUUUAAGUAUUUAGUAUAUUUUGAUAAUAAAGGGAUUUGUUUCUUGAAUAUCUUUCACUUUUUAAAAAACUUUUGUGUGGCAUUUAUUUUUGGAAAUGUCUUUUUUUUUUCUGUAUUAAAGUUUUGAAACUUGCCUAACACUAACUCUGUUUGCCUUUGCUUACAUCUGAAUUGUACAACCACUCUCUUGAGGAGUGAGCACAAGUUCUCAUAAUUAAUUUAAAAAUCUUAGAAGUUCAGCAAUGGCAUAAUGAUCAGCCAGAUCAGUAUUUUGGGUUUGUUGUUUUGUUUAAUUCUAACAAAGGGUACAUCAGUUACCUAACUGUAAAUCCGAAGCCAAGGACCUUCCUCCAUAGAUCAACCAUUAAUUUAAGGACCUCCUGGGAGUGAGGAAAAUGGAAAGUCUUUUGGAGUUUUACGAUCCUACCUCUUGAAGUCUUGGAUUCUGAACACUCAUAACUGCCACAUACAAUAAAUCCAUGAUACAGGCUGUAAGGGGUAACCUCACGCUCAUCCCCCCAACUAUCUCUAAUUCCUGAACAAGCUUUACACAUGCAUAUGUAAAUCAUAUACAAUUAUUCAUUUUUGCUUUACGUUAUACCCCCACCCCUCCAUGAACUCUGUUAGGGAAAAUUUUAAAUUUACUUUGUCAGUUAAGCAAUUUCAAAGGAUCAAAAGGUAUUAGGUGAGAAACACAAACACAAAGCACCAGGGCAACCAUAAGAGUUAAUAUUCAGAGUAACUUUUGGGGCUUCCCUGGUGGUGCAGUUGUUAAGAAUCCGCCUGCCAAUGCAGGGGACACGGGUUCAAGCCCUGGUCCGGGAAGAUCCCACAUGCCAUGGAGCAACUAAGCCCUUGCACCACAACUACUGAGCCUGCGCUCUAGAGCCCGCAAGCCACAAGUACUGAGCCCACGUGCUACAACUACUGAAGCCCGCGCGCCUAGAGCCCGUGCUUCGCAACAAGAGAAGCCACCGCAAUGAGAAGCCCGCGCACCGCAAUGAAGAGUAGCCCCUGCUCGCUGCAACUAGGGAAAGUCCGUGCGCAGCAACGAAGACCCAAUGCAGCCCAAAAUAAAAAGAGUAACUUUUUUUAAAACUUAAUAAAAACAGUACCACAUGUA